CUAUCUAUCUAUAUAACGUGUACUCUCUCUUUCUCACGUUUAUCAAAUUCGAUCCAUUCACGCCAAGUCACCUGUACGUAUCUUUCCAACUUUCUCUCCUUCUUUCAACCGAUCAAACUCACGUUCUUCAAUCCCACCCACAUGGAGGAUACAAACGUUGUCAAAAGUAAGGAUGGAACAAUUGCUGUUGCUUCUGCUUUCGCGGGUCAUCAAGAAGCGGUCCAAGACAGAGACCAUAAGUUUCUAACAAAAGCCGUUGACGAAGCGUAUAAAGGCGUGGAAAAUGGAGACGGUGGCCCGUUUGGUGCAGUUGUGGUUCAGAACGAUGAAGUUGUUGUGAGUUGUCACAACAUGGUUCUGCACCACACGGACCCCACUGCACAUGCAGAGGUCACUGCAAUCAGAGAGGCGUGCAAAAAGCUCAACCGAAUCGAGCUUUCUGAUUGUGAGAUAUACGCGUCUUGUGAGCCAUGCCCUAUGUGCUUCGGUGCCAUUCAUCUUUCAAGAAUUAAGAGGCUGGUUUACGGUGCUAAAGCUGAAGCAGCGAUUGCGAUCGGGUUUGAUGAUUUUAUAGCGGAUGCAUUGAGAGGUACUGGUGUUUAUCAGAAGGCUAACUUGGAGAUCAAGAAAGCAGAUGGUACUGAAGCCUUGAUUGCUGAACAAGUAUUUGAGAAAACCAAAGCUAAAUUUUCAAUGUAUUGAUUCGAAAUUCGCACAUGAAUUUGAUAUUUAACACUUCAAUUGCUGAACAAACAAUUUGUUGCAUAUUUACUAAUGGUAUUCAAUUGGUAUAAAAUCUAAUGUUUCUUCAUUCA